GGAAAGACAGUGCUCUUAUCUUAUCGUAGCGUGUCACUGGCCCGCUGCGUGCCGACUGCAGGGGCCCAACAGCUGCGGCAGGCACCCCGGAUUAGACACUCUUGGCGCCAACCACAGGGGAGCUUCAAGGAACACAGCUCACCUCUUUCAGGUUCAACCUUCAGGACCACUCUUAUACACACUAAUUCAAUAUCACGACGUCGAUGACCACUUGUUCUGCGAUAAUUCUACGAUCCAUUCUCAGAACUUUUGUUCGGAACACAUAAAAUCCACGCUCCCGUCGAACCGAAUUCACCCAGGGUCAACUCCGAACCCCAGGAACGAUGGACGUGGUGCAGGCUGUGACGGGCUACGUCACCAAGAUGGUGUCGGCCGGCGACAGCACAUCGGGGACGUCGCAAUCGGCCAAGAUGAAGAUUCUACUGCUGGACAGGGAAACUAUGGCCUUCAUAUCGACCGCCGUCACGCAAUCAACGCUUCUCAACCAUGAGGUGUACCUCACAGAUCGCCUAGACAAGCCGAACCGGGAAAAGAUGCGCCAUCUACGUUGCCUGUGUUUCGUGAGACCAGACCCGGAUUCCAUAGGCCUUCUUAUUGAUGAGCUGAGGGAGCCUAAAUACGGGGAAUACCAUCUUUUCUUCAGCAAUAUUGCCAAAAAGUCCACACUGGAACGUUUGGCCGAGGCCGACGAUCACGAAGUUGUGAAGCUCGUUCAAGAGUAUUUUCUGGACUAUGUGAUCAUCAAUCCCGACCUGUUCUCUCUCAACAUGUCUCAGCCCCUGUACCGCCUAUGGGGUGGGAACCCGGACACGUGGAAUAGAGACUCUCUUCAACGUGCAUCUGAAGGCCUCAUUGCUGUCCUGCUAUCGCUCAAGAAGAAGCCCCUCAUCAGGUACCAGAAGUCUAGCCCCCUGGCUCAAAAAUUGGCGUCAGAAGUGCGAUAUCACAUCACACAAGAGGACCAGCUCUUUGAUUUCCGCAAGGUUGACACACCACCAAUCCUUCUCAUCCUAGACCGAAGAGAAGACCCCAUCACCCCCUUGCUCAUGCAGUGGACGUACCAGGCCAUGGUACAUCAUCUUCUCGGUAUUCACAACGGUCGUGUAGACCUAAGCAGUGUACCUGACAUCCGUCCCGAGCUCAAAGAGAUUGUUCUAUCUCAAGAUCAAGACCCAUUCUUCAAGAAGAAUAUGUAUCUCAACUUUGGCGACUUGGGCAGUAACAUCAAAGACUAUGUUGAGCAAUACCAAUCGAAGACGAAGAACAACGCCGACAUUGAGUCAAUAGCCGAUAUGAAGCGUUUCAUUGAAGAGUACCCCGAGUUCCGGAAACUCUCGGGAAAUGUCAGCAAGCACGUCGCCCUCGUCUCUGAACUGAGCAGGCGAAUAGGCGCAGAACAUUUGAUGGAAGUCAGCGAGUUGGAACAAAGCAUAGCUUGUAAUGACAACCAUGGAGCUGAUCUCAAGAAUAUACAAACACAAAUUCAAUCGCCCACUCUCCUCCCUUCUUCCAAACUUACCCUGGUAGCUCUCUACGGCCUUCGUUACAGCAGGCACCCAUCCAACGCUCUCCCGUUGCUCAUCGACCUCCUCAUCACUGUUGGUGGAGUGUCUGUACGGGAAACCUCCCUUGUAAACAAACUUCUUACCUACCACCAAUCCCUCCACGCCUCGGCAUCGGGAGCAGGCGGUAUUACCGACUUGUUCGAGUCGACGGGUCUGUUCAGCGCAGCCAACUCACGAUUCAAGGGCCUCAAGGGCGUUGAAAACGUUUACACCCAACACUCCCCUCUGCUGGAAACCACGCUGCAAAAUUUGGUGAAGGGGAAACUAAAAGAAGGGCAGUAUCCCUUUGUGGAGGGCAGCCCAAGCGUGAAAGAUAAGCCGCAGGAUAUCAUUGUGUUUAUCAUUGGAGGAGCUACGUACGAAGAGGCGAAGAUGGUGGCGGGUAUCAAUGCCAGCAGUCCUGGGGUCAGAGUCGUUUUGGGUGGUACGACGGUGCAUAAUGCGGCGACUUUCUUGGAGGAGGUCGAAGGGGCUGUGGAUGGGUGGCCGGCGGAUUCUCAGGGGACAAGAGCAGGGAGGAGAUGAGCUUUCCAUAUUCCAUUCGGGAUUUUAGAUAUUUGAUAAUCAAUGAUAAUCUGUUGAAUCAGAUCAAAUUCUGUCACUUGUUGCUAUGCAUCACAU